AGCCAGAUUUGCAAGGAGGCCGGAGCUGAGAGACAGAGAAUAUCACCAUGUCUUUGCUUUGUGUUGGAGUCAAAAAAGCCAAGUUUGAUGGCCCCCAAGAAAAAUUCAACACGUACGUGACCCUCAAAGUGCAGAAUGUGAAGAGUACCACUAUUGCAGUUCGAGGAAGCCUUCCCUGUUGGGAGCAAGACUUCAUGUUUGAGAUUAACCGUCUGGACCUUGGGCUGACAGUAGAAGUGUGGAACAAAGGUCUUAUUUGGGACACUAUGGUGGGCACAAUUUGGAUCCCCCUAAGUACUAUCCGGCAAUCUAAUGAGGAUGGCCCCGGGGAGUGGCUGACCCUCGACUCACAUGUCAUUAUGACUGACAAUGAGAUCUCUGGCACCAAGGACCCCACCUUCCACCGAAUCCUUUUAGACACCCGCUUCGAGCUCCCACUCGAUAUUCCUGAGGAAGAAGCACGAUACUGGGUUAAGGAGCUUGAGAGGCUCAACGCCAUGCAAGACCAGGAUGAUUUUUCGUUCUGGGAUGAGCAGGAGAAGCCGCUUCCAGUUCCCGGCUCACAGUGCUGCAACUGGAAUUAUUUUGGCUGGGGAGAUCAACAAAACGACGACCCAGACAGCACCGUCGAUGACCGUGAUAGCGAUUACCGCAGCGAGACCAGCAACAGUAUCCCACCCCCAUACUAUACCACCUCCCAGCCUAAUGCCUCGGUGCACCAGUACCCCCUACGCCACCAGCAGCGAACCUCCCGAGACUCGUACACGGAUUCCAUGCAGAGCUACGACAUGGACUAUUCGGACCAUCAGCCAAUCAGCCCCACAGGGAGCAGCCGCUAUGCCUCCUCAGCGGAAUUGAGCCAGGGCAGUUCACAGCUGAGCGACGACUUUGACCCCGAUGACGUGAGCUUAGAUGAACGGGACGGCGAUUCCUACCACUCUUGCCACAGCUCGGUGAGUUACCAUAAAGACUCUCCGCGCUGGGAUGAAGAGGAGGACGAGGAGGACCUCUACCUGGAGGGGGACUUCAACGAAGAGUACAGCGGCAACGAGGAGUAUUACCCCGAGGAGGAGGUAGCGGAACCCGAACCUGGGUCAUAUCCCAGGGACACUUACCAGCAGCAGGAACAACAGGAGAAGGGCCAGCCGUUGCAGCCGCCGCCACAAUUUGCUCUCUCUCAGCAGAAGCCACAGCAGGCACCACCGCAGCAGCAGGAGCAGAAGCCACAACAGGCGCCACCGCAGCAACAGAAACCGCAGCAGGCCCCACAAAAGCAGCCGCAGCCGCAGCAAAAGCUACCACAGCAGCAACCAUCGCAAACGCACCCGCCGCCGCCGCAAAUAACGCAGCCGCAAAAACAAGACGUGCCACUGAAGCAGCCGACGCAACAGAAGCUGCAGCAGCAGGAGCAGAAACAGGAGAAGUUAGAAGAGAUUCCAACAGUCCAGCAGGAGGAGAUGACGGUGAAAGAGACCCCGGCCCAGGAGAAAGCCCUGGAGGAAGAGACCCCUCCGACGGAGGAGAGGGAGAGAGCGGAAGUCGAGGUGGUAGACCCCAAAGUGAGGGCGAAGGCCAACUGGCUACGGGCAUUCAAUAAGGUCUGCAUGCAACUCCAAGAGGCUCGAGGUGAAGGAUUUGGAGAAUCAAAAUCCCUGUGGUUUAAAGGCGGGCCUGGUGGCGGGUUGAUCAUAAUUGAUAGUAUGCCUGAUAUUCGCAAAAGAAAACCAAUCCCUCUAGUUAGUGAUUUGGCUAUGUCCUUGGUCCAGUCCAGGAAAGCCGGUAUCACGUCAGCACUUGCAUCAAGCACUUUAAACAAUGAAGAGCUAAAAAACCAUGUUUACAAGAAGACCCUCCAAGCCUUAAUCUACCCCAUCUCUUGCACAACUCCCCACAACUUCGAGGUGUGGACAGCCACCACACCCACCUACUGUUACGAGUGUGAGGGCCUCCUCUGGGGCAUUGCACGCCAAGGGAUGCGAUGUACCGAGUGCGGUGUGAAAUGUCACGAAAAGUGCCAGGACCUCCUCAACGCGGACUGCUUGCAAAGAGCGGCGGAGAAAAGCUCCAAGCACGGAGCGGAAGACCGUACGCAGAAUAUUAUCAUGGUGCUGAAAGACCGUAUGAAGAUCCGGGAGCGUAAUAAGCCAGAGAUCUUCGAGCUAAUCCAAGAGAUUUUUGCCGUCUCCAAAACGACUCACACUCAGCAAAUGAAGGCCGUCAAGCAGAGCGUUCUGGAUGGCACCUCAAAGUGGUCAGCGAAGAUUAGCAUCACAGUUGUUUGUGCGCAAGGCUUGCAGGCAAAGGAUAAAACGGGCUCCAGCGACCCUUAUGUUACUGUGCAAGUUGGAAAGACCAAAAAGAGAACGAAAACAAUCUAUGGCAAUUUGAACCCAGUCUGGGAGGAGAACUUCCACUUCGAAUGCCAUAACUCCUCUGAUCGAAUCAAGGUUCGGGUAUGGGAUGAAGAUGAUGACAUCAAAUCUAGGGUGAAGCAGCGCUUUAAGAGAGAAUCUGAUGACUUCCUUGGCCAGACAAUCAUCGAGGUGCGGACGCUGAGUGGAGAGAUGGAUGUCUGGUACAACCUCGACAAGCGGACGGACAAAUCAGCUGUUUCUGGCGCUAUCCGGUUGCACAUCAGCGUGGAGAUCAAAGGGGAGGAGAAAGUGGCGCCGUACCAUGUGCAGUACACCUGCCUCCACGAGAACCUCUUCCAUUUUGUGACGGACAUCCAAAACAACGGUGUGGUAAAAAUCCCAGAUGCCAAAGGAGACGACGCUUGGAAAGUGUACUUCGACGAAACAGCCCAGGAGAUUGUGGAUGAGUUUGCUAUGAGAUAUGGAGUGGAGUCCAUAUAUCAGGCGAUGACGCACUUUGCCUGCCUAUCCUCGAAAUACAUGUGUCCUGGGGUUCCAGCAGUCAUGAGUACACUGCUGGCCAACAUUAACGCUUACUAUGCCCACACCACUGCCUCCACCAACGUCUCUGCCUCUGACCGUUUUGCCGCUUCCAAUUUCGGGAAAGAACGGUUUGUCAAACUGCUGGACCAACUUCACAAUUCCCUCCGUAUCGAUCUCUCGAUGUAUCGGAAUAACUUCCCUGCCAGCAGUCCUGAAAGACUGCAGGACCUCAAAUCAACGGUAGACCUCCUGACCAGCAUCACCUUCUUCCGGAUGAAGGUCCAGGAGCUUCAGAGUCCACCACGAGCCAGUCAAGUGGUAAAGGAUUGUGUGAAGGCCUGUCUCAAUUCCACUUAUGAAUACAUCUUCAACAACUGCCAUGAACUCUACAGUCGGGAGUACCAGACGGACCCGACUAAGAAGGGUGAUCUGCCACCAGAGGAGCAAGGCCCCAGCAUCAAGAAUCUGGAUUUCUGGUCCAAACUUAUCACCUUGAUAGUGUCGAUCAUUGAAGAAGAUAAGAACUCAUACACACCCUGCCUCAACCAGUUCCCUCAAGAGCUGAACGUUGGAAAGAUCAGCGCUGAAGUGAUGUGGAAUCUUUUUGCUCAGGACAUGAAGUAUGCAAUGGAAGAACAUGACAAGCACCGGUUGUGUAAGAGUGCCGACUAUAUGAACCUGCACUUUAAGGUGAAGUGGCUGUAUAAUGAGUAUGUCAAGGAUCUCCCUCUGUUCAAGAGCCGCGUCCCUGAAUAUCCCGCAUGGUUUGAGCCUUUCGUUAUACAGUGGCUGGAUGAGAAUGAGGAAGUCUCGCGGGAUUUCUUACAUGGAGCAUUGGAACGGGACAAGAAGGAUGGGUUCCAGCAAACAUCAGAGCACGCCCUCUUCUCCUGCUCUGUGGUCGAUGUCUUCUCCCAACUCAACCAGAGCUUUGAAAUCAUCAAGAAGUUGGAGUGCCCUGAUCCACAAAUUGUGGGCCACUACAUGCGCAGGUUUGCCAAGACCAUUAGCAACGUCCUGCUGCAGUACGCCGAGAUCAUUUCUAAGGACUACGCCUCCUACUGCACCAAGGAAAAGGAAAAAGUGCCCUGCAUCUUGAUGAACAACAUACAGCAACUCCGUGUCCAGCUGGAGAAGAUGUUUGAGGCUAUGGGGGGAAAAGAGCUGGACACAGAUGCCAGUGACAUUCUCAAGGAACUCCAGGUGAAGCUCAACAAUGUCUUGGAUGAGUUGAGCCGAGUGUUCGCAACCAGUUUUCAGCCGCACAUCGAGGAUUGCGUGAAGCAGAUGGGGGAUAUCCUGAGUCAAGUGAAAGGUACAGGCAACGUGCCGGCCAGUGCUUGCAGCAGUGUGGCCCAGGACGCCGAUAACGUCUUGCAACCCAUCAUGGAUCUUUUGGACAGCAACUUGACUCUGUUUGCUAAAAUUUGCGAGAAGACUGUCCUGAAGCGAGUUCUGAAGGAGCUUUGGAAGCUUGUCAUGAACACCAUGGAGAAGACAAUUGUGCUUCCACCGCUCACUGACCAGACGAGUAGGGUGAAGCUCCCCAGUCACACUGAAGGCACACAGAUGAUAUUCAAUGCAGCCAAGGAAUUGGGACAGCUUUCCAAACUCAAGGACCACAUGGUACGUGAGGAGGCCAAGAGUUUGACCCCGAAGCAGUGUGCUGUGGUAGAACUUGCCCUGGACACCAUCAAGCAAUACUUCCACGCGGGAGGCGUCGGUCUUAAAAAAACCUUCCUGGAGAAAAGCCCAGACCUGCAAUCCUUACGUUACGCACUUUCGCUCUACACCCAGGCAACAGACUUGCUCAUCAAAACCUUCGUUCAGACACAGGCCACCCAGGGUUCUGGAGUGGAUGACCCUGUCGGAGAAGUCUCCAUCCACGUGGAACUAUUCACGCACCCUGGCACGGGAGAGCACAAAGUAACAGUCAAAGUGGUGGCUGCCAACGAUCUGAAGUGGCAAACUUCUGGCAUCUUCCGGCCUUUCAUCGAAGUCAACAUUAUUGGGCCGCACCUCAGUGACAAGAAGAGGAAGUUUGCCACCAAGUCCAAGAACAACAGCUGGUCCCCCAAAUACAACGAGAGCAUCCAGUUCACUCUGAGUACUGAAGCGGGGCCGGAGUGCUACGAGCUGCAAGUGUGCGUGAAGGACUACUGCUUCGCCCGAGAGGAUCGCACCGUGGGCAUCGCCAUCCUGCAGCUGAAAGACAUCAUGCAACGGGGAAGCUGUGCCUGCUGGUUGCCGCUGGGACGACGUAUCCACAUGGAUGACACCGGCCUCACGGUGCUGCGCAUCCUCUCCCAGAGAAACAACGACGAGGUGGCCAAGGAGUUCGUCAAGCUGAAGUCAGACACGCGCUCAGUGGAGGAAGGAAGCAGCAGCUAAGGCCCUUCCUUCACUCCAUCUGCCCUUCCUCCCUGUCCUAGGACCCGCCCUCUUUUAUACAGCCAUGUCAAAGCCAUAGAGUUUUCAAAUCUGUCCUUUUUCCACCCUCCAUCAUUCCUCUCCCCUGACUUUGGAAGCUUUGCUCCCACUGCCAAGGAUCACCCACAUGCCCUUCCAAGCACAUACACAGAUGUCUUUGGGGUGGGGGGUGUGCUUCUAGAGGUACUGAUGCCUUUGAGGGGGUAGGAGCUCCACCACACCUGAA